AUGGCGUGUACCCCAGGCAGCAGAACAUACUGGGAUCACGCGUGUGCUGUGUCCUUAUUGUCUGUGUUCUGUAACCAGUCCUCAUCUCUGUCCCACCAGUGGUUUGAGUCCAGUCGGAUCCACGCUGCGGCCCUCAUUGUGGGCGAGUGUUCGGACCACCCCAGCCACUGGAGCUGUGCGCGGUCACUGGACCUAUGGCUGAAGGAGCAGGGGAUCCCCGGGCUGCAAGGGGUGGACACGCGGGCCCUCACCAAGAAGAUCCGGGAGAAUGGUACCAUGCUGGGCAAGCUCAUACCACAGGGCACGGAUGAGAGCCACGUCCCGUAUGACGACCCGGGGAAGAGGAACCUGGUGCAGGAGGUGUCGCUGAAGGAGCCUCGUGUCUAUAACCCCGGGGGCUGUGUGAAGAUCGCGGCUCUGGACUGUGGCCUGAAAUACAACCAGAUCCGCUGCCUGUGCCAGAGGGGGGCAGAAGUCACCGUGUUACCCUGGGACGCUCCCAUCAGCGGUGCAGAGUUUGACGGCUUGUUCCUGAGUAACGGACCCGGGGACCCCGUCUUCUGCCAUUCGUCUGUCCAGAACAUUCGCCGUUUCAUCAGUGAGGAGAACCUAAAACCGGUGUUUGGCAUCUGUCUUGGGCACCAGCUCCUGUCUCUGGUUAUUGGAGCAAAGACCUACAAGAUGAAGUAUGGGAACCGUGGCCACAACCAGCCCUGUAUCCAUGACGGCACCCAGCGAUGCUUCAUCACCUCCCAGAACCACGGCUAUGCCGUAGAUCCUGACACCUUACCGGAGGGCUGGUCUCCACUCUUCACCAAUGCUAAUGACCGGUCUAACGAGGGAAUCGUCCAUGACUCCAAACCCUUCUUCAGUGUCCAGUUCCACCCAGAGCACCGUGCCGGACCUAUGGACCUCGUGUGUCUGUUUGACGUUUUCUUGGAUACUGUGCGCCAUGUGAAAGCCGGGGCCUUGGGAAUGGGCACAGUGAAACAGUGUCUGAGUGACAUCCUAACGUACAAAGACUCUCCGAUGGUCGCUGAUAUGGAGGGAGCCCGGCCACGGAAGGUGCUGAUCCUGGGCUCCGGGGGUCUGUCUAUUGGCCAGGCUGGGGAGUUUGACUACUCUGGUUCUCAGGCCAUUAAAGCCCUGAAGGAAGAGAACAUCCAGACUGUGCUGAUAAACCCUAACAUUGCCACGGUGCAGACCUCCAAGGGGCUGGCGGACAAGGUGUACUUCCUGCCCAUCACCGCGGAGUACGUCACACAGGUCAUUAAGAACGAGCGGCCGGAUGGCGUCCUGCUGACCUUUGGGGGUCAAACAGCCCUCAACUGUGGCGUGGAGCUGACCAAACGUGGGGUGCUGGAGAAGUACAACGUGCGGGUGCUCGGGACCCCUGUCCGGUCCAUUGAGAUGACGGAGGACCGUAAGAUCUUUGUAGAGAAGAUGGAAGAGAUUGGAGAGCAUGUGGCUCCCAGUGAGGCGGCCUACUCUCUAGAGCAGGCCCAAGCUGCUGCAGAUCGUCUUGGAUACCCGGUCCUGGUACGCUCAGCCUAUGCUCUGGGUGGCCUGGGGUCCGGCUUUGCCAACACAAGAGAGGAGCUGACUGCCCUGGUUUGCCAGGCCUUUGCCCACACAACCCAAGUCCUGGUGGACAAAUCGCUGAAGGGCUGGAAAGAGAUUGAGUACGAGGUGGUGAGGGACGCCUACAACAACUGCGUGACGGUGUGUAACAUGGAGAACGUGGACCCGCUUGGUAUCCACACCGGAGAGUCCAUAGUGGUGGCCCCCAGCCAGACCCUGAACGAUCAGGAGUACAACAUGCUGCGUAAUACCGCCAUCAAGGUCAUCCAGCACCUGGGGAUCGUGGGCGAGUGUAACAUCCAGUACGCUCUGAAUCCAGAGUCCGAGCAGUAUUAUAUCAUCGAGGUAAACGCGCGACUUUCCCGCAGCUCUGCCCUGGCGAGCAAGGCCACCGGGUAUCCCCUGGCGUACGUGGCAGCCAAGCUGGCCUUAGGGAUCCCGCUGCCAGUGCUCAGGAACUCCGUCACCAACUCCACCACCGCUAACUUUGAGCCCAGCCUGGAUUACUGCGUGGUGAAGGUCCCUCGCUGGGACCUCAGCAAGUUCCUGCGCGUCAGCACCAAGAUCGGGAGCUCGAUGAAGAGCGUGGGGGAAGUUAUGUCUGUGGGAAGGAACUUUGAGGAAGCGUUCCAGAAGGCUUUGCGCAUGGUAGACGAGAAUUGCGUGGGCUUUGAUCACAGCGUCAAGUUGUCUUCUGAAGAGGAGCUCGAGACUCCCACCGAUAAGCGGAUCUUCGUGCUGGCAGCCGCGCUGCGGGAUGGGUACACCAUCGAACGCCUCUAUGAGCUGACGAAGAUCGACCGCUGGUUCCUGCACAAGAUGAAGAACAUCACCGACCACUUCUCCACGCUGGAGUCUUACCAGAACGGGGUGACCAUGCCACGCAGCGUCCUCCUCCGCGCCAAGCAGCUGGGCUUCUCAGACAAGCAGAUCGCACUGGCCGUGCAGAGCACGGAGCUGGCGGUCAGAAAGAUGCGGCAGGAAUGGCAGAUACUGCCGGUGGUGAAGCAGAUUGACACCGUGGCGGCAGAGUGGCCAGCGCAGACCAAUUACCUGUACCUGACAUACAACGGUAACCAGCACGACCUGGAUUUCCGGGAUCCCCACGUCAUGGUGAUUGGCUCUGGCGUUUACCGCAUUGGCAGCAGCGUGGAGUUUGACUGGUGUGCGGUGGGCUGUAUCCAGGAAUUGCGCAAGAUGGGCUUUAAAACGAUCAUGGUGAAUUAUAACCCGGAGACUGUGAGCACGGAUUAUGACAUGUGCGAUAGGCUUUAUUUUGAUGAGAUCUCCUUUGAGGUGGUGAUGGACAUCUAUGAGCUAGAGAACCCUGAAGGGAUAAUCCUGUCCAUGGGGGGUCAGCUGCCUAAUAACAUCGCAAUGUCGCUACACCGCCAGCAGUGCCGUGUGCUGGGCACCUCCCCCGAUUCCAUAGACUCUGCCGAGAACCGCUUCAAGUUCUCCCGGCUGCUGGACACCAUUGGGAUAAGCCAGCCGCAGUGGAAGGAGCUGUCUGACAUGGAGUCUGCUGUGCAGUUCUGUAACACUGUGGGAUUUCCCUGCGUUGUGCGCCCGUCCUACGUCCUGAGUGGAGCUGCCAUGAAUGUGGCAUAUUCGGAGGAAGAUCUAGAGAGGGUUCUCAGUACUGCCCUGGCCGUGUCUAAAGAGUAUCCAGUGGUCAUCUCCAAGUUUAUCCAGGAAGCCAAGGAGAUAGACGUGGAUGCGGUGGCCUGUGAUGGUGUAGUAGUCGCUGUGGCUAUUUCGGAACAUGUAGAGAAUGCUGGGGUGCACUCUGGAGAUGCCACACUGGUCACCCCUGCACAAGACAUCACCCCCAAAACUCUGGAGAGGAUCAAGGCAAUUGUACACGCGGUGGGUCAGGAGCUCCAGGUGACCGGACCCUUCAACCUGCAGCUCAUCGCCAAGGAUGACCAGCUGAAGGUGAUUGAGUGCAACGUCCGAGUCUCUCGCUCGUUCCCCUUCGUCUCCAAGACGCUUGGUGUGGAUAUGAUUGCUCUGGCCACGCAGGUCAUUAUGGGGGAGGAAGUAGAACCAGUUGGACUUAUGAUGGGCACAGGAAUUGUGGGCGUUAAAGUGCCGCAGUUCUCGUUCUCCCGCCUGGCUGGAGCUGACGUGGUGCUCGGGGUGGAGAUGACGAGCACGGGCGAGGUUGCGUGCUUUGGGGAGAACCGUUAUGAGGCCUACCUAAAGGCCAUGCUGAGCACCGGCUUCAAAAUCCCCCAAAAAAACAUCCUACUGACCAUUGGCAGCUACAAGAACAAGAGCGAGCUGCUGCCCACCGUGCAGGCCCUGGAGAGCCUGGGAUACUGCCUGUACGCCAGUCUGGGCACUGCGGACUUCUACACAGAGCAUGGCAUCAAGGUGAAGGCCAUGGAUUGGCCCUUCGAGGACACUGACAGUGAUGGGCCCUUAAAGGAGAAACAGGGAAGCAUCAUGGACCACCUGGCUGAGAACCACUUCGAUCUGGUCAUCAACCUUUCCAUGCGGAACUCUGGAGGGCGCAGGCUCUCCUCCUUUGUUACCCGGGGGUACCGCACCCGCCGCCUGGCUGUGGAUUACUCCGUGCCCCUCAUCAUUGACAUCAAGUGCACUAAGCUGUUUGUGGAGGCUCUGCGUCAGAUCGGAGCAGCCCCUCCUGUAAAGAUGCAUGUGGACUGUAUGACGUCCCAGAAACUCAUCAGACUUCCAGGUCUGAUCGAUGUACAUGUGCAUUUGCGGGAACCUGGAGCCACCCACAAGGAAGACUUCUCCUCCGGUACCGCGGCAGCUCUGGCUGGUGGCGUUACCAUGGUAUGCGCUAUGCCAAACACCAGUCCUGCCAUCACUGAUGCCGCCACCUUCCUACUGGCGCAGAAGCUGGCGGAAGCGGGUGCCCGCUGCGACUUCGCCCUCUUCCUUGGAGCCUGCUCAGAGAACCCUGGCACCCUCUCUCCCAUUGCCAGCUCAGCUGCUGGUCUCAAGAUGUAUCUGAAUGACACCUACUCUCAGCUCAAGAUGGACAAUGUGUCGCUGUGGAUGGAGCACUUUGAGAAGUGGCCGUCUCGCUUGCCCAUUGUGGCUCACGCAGAGAACCAGACCGUUGCCGCAAUCCUGAUGGUGGCCCAGUUAUACAAGCGCUCCGUGCAUAUCUGUCACGUGGCUAAGAAAGAGGAGAUCCUGAUCAUUAAGACCGCCAAGCAGAAAGGAAUCCAGGUAACCUGCGAGGUGGCUCCGCAUCACCUGUUCCUCUGCCUCGAUGACCUGGAGCAGCUCGGUCACAAACGGGGACAGGUGCGUCCCAUGCUGGGCACUAGAGAGGACUUGCAGGCCCUGUGGGAUAACCUGGAGGUGAUAGAUUGCUUUGCAACAGAUCACGCCCCUCAUUCUGUUGAGGAGAAGGACAGUCCUAAUCCACCCCCAGGGUACCCUGGCUUGGAGACUAUGCUGCCUCUGCUUCUUACCGCGGUCAGCGAGGGUCGGCUGACUAUCGAUGACAUCAUCAAACGUUUGUACGAGAACCCACGUAAAAUCUUCUCCCUCCCUGUACAAGAGAACACGUACAUUGAGGUGGACCUGGAGCAUGAGUGGGUCAUUCCACAGUCCAUGCAGUUCACAAAGUCUAAGUGGACCCCAUUUGAAGGGAUGAAGGUGAAGGGAGCGGUGCGCAGGGUGGUGCUGCGAGGUGAAGUGGCGUACAUCGAUGGCCAGGUCCUAGUGCCAGCAGGUUAUGGUCAGGACGUCAGAAAGUGGGCCACUCCUCUGCCGUCACCGACUCUCCCAACCCCCAGCAAAGAGAUUAUCAAGACUCCAGAGCGCCAUCGUCAUGUGACCAUGCAGAGCGAAACCAUUCGCAGCAGGGCGCCCAGCCCACGCAGAGCCGGCCCGGCAGGAGAUGCCCGCUUCCACCUGCCCCCCAGGAUCCAUCGCGCCUCUGACCCCGGCCUGCCAGCAGCAGAGGAGCAGAAAGACAGGAUGGUGAAGAAGCCGACGGAGCCAGAUCUGUUUCCUAUCCAGGACGGUUACACCUAUCCACCUCCAGUCCCUCGAAUCAUGUCCCCCCAGAACAUGCCCACGCAAAGUCUUCCCCACGUGCAGACCUCCCCCCUGCUGCACCCACUGAUUGGGCAGCACAUCAUGUCCGUCAAGCAGUUCAGCAAAGAUCAGAUGUCGCAUCUGUUCAAUGUGGCGCACACUCUGCGGAUGUUGGUGCAGAAAGAGAGGGGUCUGGACAUACUGAAGGGUAAGGUGAUGGCGUCUAUGUUCUUCGAGGCGAGCACGCGGACCAGCAGUUCCUUUGCAGCAGCCAUGCAUCGCCUUGGGGGGUCUGUCAUCAGCUUCUCGGAGACCACCUCCUCCUCUCAGAAGGGAGAAUCUCUCACGGACUCUGUGCAGACAAUGAGUUGCUACUCUGAUGUCUUAGUGGUGAGACACCCGGAGCCCGGCGCAGUGGAGCUUGCUGCCAAACACUGCCGGAAGCCUGUUAUCAAUGCUGGAGAUGGGGUGGGAGAGCACCCGACUCAGGCGCUGCUGGAUGUAUUCACUAUCCGGGAGGAACUGGGAACAGUCAAUGGGAUGACGAUAACGAUGGUCGGGGAUCUCAAGCACGGUCGCACUGUGCAUUCUCUUGCCUGCCUCUUAACCCAGUACCGGGUCAACCUGAGAUACGUCACGCCCAGCAGUCUGCGGAUGCCCUCGAAGAUCAUUCACUUUGUCGCUUCCAGGGGAAUCAAACAGGAGGAAUUUGCGAGCAUUGAGGAAGCGCUGCCAGACACGGACGUCCUCUAUAUGACGCGGAUACAGAAGGAGAGGUUUGCCAGCAAGGAGGAGUAUGACAAUUGUUUUGGGCAGUUUAUCCUCACGCCCCACAUCAUGACCCGGGCCAAGAAGAAGAUGGUAGUGAUGCACCCCAUGCCGCGAGUCAAUGAGAUCAGCCUUGAAGUAGACUCGGACCCCCGCGCUGCAUACUUCCGCCAGGCUGAGAACGGGAUGUACGUGCGCAUGGCGCUCCUCGCCACCGUGCUGGGCAAAUACUGAGCUUUGGGCCGGCACCUCUCUAUAACAGGAGGGAUCCAUACUUCAACAUCUGGAUCUUCUCCGAGACCUUAGAUCUCUCCUGGAAAUGCUGCGGGAGCAGCGCAGAUCCCGGUCAUGUUCUAGACUCGCAUGUUUGCAGAUUCUAUGGUGUUCCGUCGCUGUUACCCGAUACUGUACGUCUACGCCCCACGCUUCCCUUCCCUGCACAGGUCGCCGUGGUGUCAGGUUGUUUUGUGUCCAGUGUCUACGCUGAUCGCUGGGCUGGUUCCAGAGUGUCUCCUUAGUCGCUGCCCCGCAUCCGGCCGUGGUGUGCCCAGUCAUUAAUGCAGCAGCUGUGCCCCCGUACAGAUAGCGUCAGUCACGUUGGAAUACACCAUUAUCAGCAGCCUGAAGGCUGGCAGUACCCGCUGCACCUUCCUGACCUCGUGCCGGCGUCCUGUAGGACCUGACGUAAUAAAGAUGAGAUCCUGUAUGAGCUCCUGCAAGUAAUGGUCUACCCAAUAUCUGCCGCUGAUCCGUAGCGAAUACAUUAGUGCUCUGCUUUCCUCUACAUGGUACACCCCGGACAAGUGCCCCCUGCGUAGACGUGACGGCGUCUCCGGCGGACAAGAGUGCUUUUCACUGUACGGCCCUGUGGCCUCUGCUGCUCAGAUUAGUUGCUCGUAGUGAGGACCAGGAGGAGGGAGGGGGGUGCGGAUGGGGGGAUGAACGGUUUUAUAAUGUGAAGUUACAGGGAACGCUUCUCUUUUCUCCUUUUUUUUUUCUAAAUAAAAUGAAUUGUGCACAAUUAA